AUGUCCGUGCGCAACGCGGACCAUGUGCACGGCGCACAGAGCACACCGCAGCAGGCAGUGGCAGCACAACGCCUUCCUUAUCCUAUCUCUGCGAUGAGGUCCUUAUUCCUGAUAUCUUUGGUGGCCACCUCUCUCAAUAUAGCUGCAGGGGCACCUCCUAGUGGACUCUACAAUGAAGCUUUGUCGUUCCAGAAACCUUUCCUCGAUAUAUCAGGGGACGAAUUUCUUGAUGUUGCCUCGGAGUGGCUGGACGACGCCAAGAAGGCGAUUCUGAAAGGGAAGAAAAACCUUGACAAGUGGUUCCAUGAUGGACGAGAAUUCAUAAAGCAAGAUAACUUGCUCUACGAAUAUAUUACGCAUCCUGAAUUCCAGAAAUAUGAUUUGAGGGUGACGGAACCCAAGCUUUGUGACCCAACCGUCAAACAAUUGUCAGGGUAUCUCGACAUUGCUGAAGACAAGCAUUUAUUCUUCUGGUUCUUCGAGUCUCGCAAUGCUCCCGCCGAUGCACCCUUAAUCCUUUGGUUGAACGGUGGCCCUGGUUGCAGUUCCUCUACAGGGCUUCUUUUUGAACUCGGACCGUGUGCUGUUGCCAAUGAAGGCCGCAACGUUACUUCAAACCCCUAUAGCUGGAAUACUAAUGCAAACAUAAUAUUCCUCGACCAACCGGUGAACGUCGGGUACUCUUAUGCUGAUGACGGAACUUCUGUCAACAACUCUCCGGUUGCAGGGAAAGAUGUCUACGCUUUCCUUGAACUCUUCCUGAAUAGAUACCCGCAAUACUCUAAAGCACCAUUCCAUAUUGCAGCGGAGAGUUACGGCGGCACUUAUGCUCCCAACAUCGCGAAUGUCAUCUUCAAAGCCAACCAAGAACUUGCGGUUUCGCCCAAGGCACACGUCAAACAUAUUAACCUUGCCUCAGUGAUCCUCGCCAAUGGCCUCACCGAUCCGUAUAUUCAGCACGGCUCGAUUGCUGACUGGGCAUGCGAAGGGCCAUAUGCUGUCUACAAUGAUCCACAAGGUCCGGAAUGCGAGGCUUUACGCACCAAGAUACCCACAUGCCAGAGACUCGUCAAGAGUUGUUAUAAUUUCAAUUCCAGGUUCACUUGUGUCCCGGCGAUGGCAUAUUGCAACUCCCAACUUUUCGGCCCUCUCAUGCAACUUGGGCUAAACCCAUAUGACGUUCGUCGUAAAUGCGACCGUAACUCGGACGGGCCUCUUUGCUACAAACAAAUGGAAUGGAUCGAUACUUGGAUGAAUGAGCCCUCCAAUAAAGCUGCCAUUGGAGUUAAUCCUUCAAGAAAUUUCGAAUCGUGUAACAUGGCUGUGAACCAGGCAUUCGCUCUGGCGGGCGAUGGCGCUCACAAUAGCGCCAUCCUACUUCCAGAGUUGAUUAACUCCGGCAUAAGAUUACUGGUCUAUGCAGGCAAUGCCGAUAUGAUGUGCAACUUCAUUGGAAACGAACGAUGGGUCGAAAAGCUUGAGACUCAAUUCACUUCCGAAUUCACGCAGGCGCAGCCAGUUCCUUGGAUCACUAUUGAAACUGGCCGCAGUGCCGGCACAGUUCGAAGCGCCGGUGGAGGUGGUUUCGGAGCUGGAAACGUUACUUUUGUUACUGUUCAUGAAGCAGGUCAUAUGGUGCCAUACGAUCAGCCGGAAGCAGCAUUGGACCUUAUUACGCGAUGGACCCAGGACAUUUCUCUGUCGGUUACUAAUUAA